GGGGAGCGAGCGAGUGAGAAAGUGAGGAGGGUGCGAGCGAGCGGAGGAGCACUCGGGGAAAUUGCUGCACAGUCCUGCCUGGAGCACCAGCCGCACAGUCGCGCACACUCCCACCCGCGCGCACUCUCCCGCGGUCCCUCGCCGGGUCCCCGGGUCCCCGGGCCCUGGAAGCCACCGGCACCGACUAGCUCGCCAGCCCCGGGAGCCCGUGCACCGCGCGCGCCGCGCCCGCCCCCCUCGCGCCCCCCACGCGCUCCCGACAGAGGGGGGGGGGGGAAGAAUCUCCUCCGCGUGCCCGCAAGGGGCUAUGCCAUUUGGACAUGUAAUUGUCAGCGCGGGAUCUGAGACUUGCCAAAAAUGAAGCUGGCGACCGGACUGUGGGUCUGGGGGAGCCUUCUGGUGGCCACGGGGACCGUCCAGCCCAGCGCUUCUCAAUCAGUGUGUGCAGGAACAGAGAAUAAACUGAGCUCUCUCUCUGACCUGGAACAGCAGUACCGAGCUUUACGCAAAUACUAUGAAAACUGCGAGGUAGUCAUGGGCAACCUGGAGAUCACCAGCAUCGAGCACAACCGGGACCUCUCCUUCCUGCGGUCUAUCCGAGAAGUCACAGGCUAUGUACUGGUGGCCCUCAACCAGUUUCGUUACCUUCCUCUGGAGAAUUUACGAAUUAUUCGUGGAACAAAACUAUAUGAAGAUCGCUAUGCAUUGGCAAUAUUCCUAAACUACAGAAAAGAUGGCAACUUUGGACUUCAGGAACUUGGAUUGAAGAACCUGACUGAAAUUCUAAAUGGUGGUGUCUAUGUAGACCAGAAUAAAUUCCUGUGUUAUGCUGAUACCAUACACUGGCAAGAUAUUGUUCGGAACCCAUGGCCUUCCAACAUGACUCUGGUGUCAACAAAUGGAAGCUUCGGAUGUGGAAGAUGCCAUAAGUCCUGCACUGGCCGAUGCUGGGGACCCACAGAAAAUCACUGUCAGACCUUGACAAGGACUGUGUGUGCCGAACAAUGUGAUGGCAGGUGCUAUGGACCCUACGUUAGUGACUGCUGCCAUCGAGAAUGUGCAGGAGGCUGUUCAGGACCAAAGGACACUGACUGCUUUGCUUGCAUGAACUUCAAUGACAGUGGAGCCUGUGUUACACAAUGUCCCCAAACGUUUGUCUACAAUCCAACCACCUUCCAGCUGGAGCACAAUUUCAAUGCAAAGUACACAUAUGGAGCAUUCUGUGUUAAAAAAUGCCCACAUAACUUCGUGGUAGAUUCCAGUUCUUGUGUGCGUGCUUGUCCAAGUUCCAAGAUGGAAGUAGAAGAAAAUGGGAUUAAAAUGUGUAAGCCUUGCACUGAUAUUUGCCCAAAAGCGUGUGAUGGCAUAGGUACAGGAUCAUUGAUGUCAGCUCAGACUGUGGAUUCCAGUAACAUUGACAAAUUCAUAAACUGCACAAAGAUCAAUGGGAAUCUCAUCUUCCUUGUCACUGGGAUUCACGGGGACCCUUACAAUGCAAUUGAAGCCAUAGACCCAGAGAAACUGAAUGUCUUUCGGACAGUCAGAGAAAUAACAGGUUUCCUGAACAUACAAUCUUGGCCUCCAAAUAUGACAGAUUUCAGUGUUUUCUCCAACCUCGUCACCAUUGGAGGGAGAGUCCUCUACAGUGGUCUCUCAUUGCUUAUCCUCAAACAGCAAGGCAUCACUUCCCUACAAUUCCAGUCUCUGAAGGAAAUCAGUGCGGGCAACAUCUACAUUACUGACAACAGCAACCUGUGUUAUUAUCAUACCAUUAACUGGACAACACUCUUCAGCACCAUCAACCAGAGAAUAGUGAUCCGAGAUAACAGAAGAGCUGAGAACUGUACUGCUGAAGGGAUGGUGUGCAAUCACUUGUGUUCAAAUGAUGGCUGUUGGGGACCUGGGCCAGACCAGUGCCUAUCAUGCCGGCGCUUCAGCAGGGGGAAAAUCUGCAUAGAGUCUUGUAACCUCUAUGAUGGGGAAUUUCGAGAGUUUGAAAAUGGCUCCAUCUGUGUUGAGUGUGAUUCACAAUGUGAGAAAAUGGAAGAUGGACUGCUCACAUGCCAUGGACCGGGACCAGACAACUGCACAAAGUGUUCUCACUUUAAGGAUGGUCCAAACUGUGUGGAGAAAUGUCCAGAUGGCCUACAGGGAGCAAACAGUUUCAUUUUCAAGUAUGCAGAUCAGGAUCGAGAAUGCCACCCAUGCCAUCCAAACUGCACCCAAGGGUGUAACGGUCCCACUAGUCAUGACUGCAUUUACUACCCAUGGACGGGCCAUUCCACUUUACCACAACAUGCUAGAACUCCACUGAUUGCAGCCGGAGUCAUUGGCGGGCUCUUCAUCCUGGUCAUCAUGGCUCUGACAUUCGCAGUUUAUGUCAGAAGGAAGAGCAUCAAAAAGAAACGAGCCUUGAGGAGAUUCCUGGAGACAGAGCUGGUAGAGCCCUUAACCCCCAGUGGCACGGCACCCAAUCAAGCUCAACUACGCAUUUUGAAGGAAACAGAACUAAAGAGGGUGAAGGUCCUUGGCUCGGGAGCUUUUGGAACCGUUUACAAAGGUAUUUGGGUGCCUGAAGGUGAAACUGUGAAAAUUCCUGUGGCUAUUAAAAUCCUCAAUGAGACAACUGGCCCCAAAGCCAAUGUGGAGUUCAUGGAUGAGGCUCUGAUCAUGGCAAGCAUGGAUCACCCACACCUAGUUCGCUUGCUGGGUGUGUGUCUGAGCCCCACCAUCCAGCUGGUUACCCAGCUGAUGCCCCACGGCUGCCUGCUGGACUAUGUCCAUGAACACAAGGAUAACAUAGGAUCACAGCUGCUGUUGAACUGGUGUGUCCAGAUUGCUAAGGGAAUGAUGUACCUGGAAGAAAGACGACUUGUUCAUCGGGAUCUGGCAGCCCGUAAUGUCUUAGUAAAAUCCCCAAACCAUGUGAAAAUCACAGAUUUUGGACUAGCCCGACUCUUGGAAGGAGAUGAAAAGGAAUACAAUGCUGAUGGUGGUAAGAUGCCAAUUAAAUGGAUGGCUCUGGAAUGUAUACAUUAUAGGAAAUUCACUCAUCAAAGUGACGUUUGGAGCUAUGGCGUCACAAUAUGGGAACUGAUGACCUUUGGAGGAAAACCCUAUGAUGGAAUUCCAACCCGAGAAAUCCCUGAUUUAUUAGAGAAAGGAGAGCGUUUGCCUCAACCUCCCAUCUGUACUAUUGACGUUUAUAUGGUCAUGGUGAAAUGUUGGAUGAUUGAUGCUGACAGCAGGCCUAAAUUCAAGGAACUGGCUGCUGAGUUUUCAAGGAUGGCUAGAGACCCUCAAAGAUACCUGGUCAUUCAGGGUGAUGAUCGUAUGAAGCUUCCCAGUCCAAAUGACAGCAAAUUCUUCCAGAAUCUUUUGGAUGAAGAGGAUUUGGAAGAUAUGAUGGAUGCUGAAGAAUAUUUGGUCCCCCAGGCUUUCAACAUCCCUCCUCCAAUCUAUACGUCCAGAGCAAGAAUUGACUCCAAUAGGAGUGAAAUUGGACACAGCCCUCCUCCUGCCUACACCCCCAUGUCGGGAAAUCAGUUUGUGUAUCAGGAUGGGGGCUUUGCGACACAACAAGGAAUAGCCAUGCCCUCCUACCGAGCCACCACCAACACCAUACCAGAAGCUCCAGUCGCUCAGGGUGCAACAGCUGAGAUGUUUGAUGACUCUUGCUGUAAUGGCACCCUACGCAAGACAGUGGCACCCCAUGUCCAAGAAGACAGCAGCACACAGAGGUAUAGUGCUGACCCCACGGUGUUUGCCCCAGAACGGAACCCACGUGGUGAACUGGAUGAAGAAGGCUACAUGACUCCCAUGCGUGACAAACCCAAACAAGAAUAUCUGAAUCCUGUGGAAGAAAACCCUUUUGUGUCACGGAGAAAAAACGGAGACCUUCAAGCUUUAGAUAACCCGGAAUAUCACAGCGCUUCCAGCGGUCCGCCCAAGGCGGAGGAUGAGUACGUGAAUGAACCACUCUAUCUCAACACCUUUGCCAACGCCUUGGGGAACGCGGAGUACCUGAAGAACAGUGUACUGUCCGUGCCGGAGAAAGCCAAGAAAGCAUUCGAUAACCCCGACUAUUGGAACCACAGCCUGCCACCACGGAGCACCCUUCAGCACCCAGACUACCUGCAGGAAUACAGCACAAAAUAUUUUUAUAAACAGAAUGGACGGAUCCGCCCUAUUGUGGCAGAGAAUCCUGAGUACCUCUCUGAGUUCUCCCUGAAGCCAGGCACUAUGCUGCCCCCUCCGCCCUACAGACACCGGAAUACUGUGGUGUGAGCUCAGCUGGGGUGUUAGGUGGAGAGACAUCCCCACUCCAUUCCCCCCACACACACAUACCCUUCCUCUUUCUCUGGUGGUCUUCCUUCUCCCAAGGCCAGUAGUUUUGACACUUCCUAAUGGAAGGUGUAGAGACGCAAUGAUAGUUCUGUGCUUACCUAACUUGAACAUUAGAAGGAAAGACUGAAGGAGAAAGACAGGAGGGCACAUGCUGUUUCUUCGUUUCUUCAUAUGGGUUGGUCAACAGUGUCAGAGCUAGAGAAGGCUUAGGAUACAUAAGGCAGUACUACCUGCUGUCAGAGUCCCAGCGUUAACUUUACAUUCUCUCUUCCCACUUCGUUCCUUCCCUUUCUCCUAUCAGUGCAGGUGAUUGAAAGCCCAGACUCUAUUCUCAACUGCAGCCAUAGACUUGUGCAUAUUCAGCAUCCCUAAAAUCAUACGAAAGCUUUCGUUAGAACAAAAGGACAAACAUUUGAAUCCCAUUUGACAGUAACUGAGAUUGAGAAGCCAAUUUCUUUCUCCAAUAGUUUCUUUCCUGGCAAGUAAGAAUGGCCAACCCAGCUUUUAUAAUUUUUAAAUCUCCAUUGUAGUUAUAACUAGUAAUUAUGCAUAGAAGGCCUCUCUGGUGUUCUCAUUUUGGUUUGCUUUGGCCUGUUCCUUUAUAUUAGUUUCUCCCCUAUUUUUGGCUGUAGUUUCUAGUUAUGAAGAUAUUUACAUAAAAGCUUCUUGACACAGUUGAAACACACACACACACACACACACACACACACACACACACACACAAAUUAUAUGAUGUAGAGGCCAUUACUUUAAAUCAUGCAGUCAUUUAAAUUAGAAGAGAAAGCCAAGAUACUAAUAAAAAUAGCAUCCAAUCUAGAUUUCAUGUUUUGCACUACUGAAUUUAUUCUUCCCAGUCAUUUUCAUUCUUUAGCAUUUUAUUUUUCGCCAUAAAUGACUGUCUUUGAUGGGCAGUGGUAAUCUUCAGAGUAGAAGGGAUGCUAAGAAACAGUUCUGUGUGGUUCAAAAAAACUACUGAUACUUUCAGGGGUGGUCCCAUGGGGGACCCAUGCAGUGGAAGAAACACUGGAUUGGGUACAUCUACAUGGAAGGUACUCAGAAAUGUAGUUUGCACUUAAGCUCUAAUUUUGUUUGCUCUUUUUCUGAACUCUACUUUGGAUUUUGAAUGAAGCAAUAUGGAAGCAACCAGCAGAUUUAAGUACAUUUUUUUAAAGGAUCUAAGAUAAAUACAGACUGUGGAAAUGCCAAACCAAGCCAACUAGGACUUUGGAACAGUACCCAGGGAUUGCGGUGAGAGGGCCAGCAUAUUAUCUUCAUACUCUGUGACAUUUGCUGUGUAAGGAAGUAUGUUAAGUUUGUACUCUCUGUGUGAAGGAAUGCAAGUUGAGGACUGGCUUGAAUUCCAUGGAAUUUCUAGAAUGAGACUCUGUUUAUAUUGAGUAGAAGGUAGCUUAACGCGUCACACCUAAGUUGCUAUAAUUAAAUGUAAAUCAUAAACAUUUGGAGCAUAUGAACAGGUCCAUGAUUGAGUUAAAAGUUGUAAAUAAACAUGAAAACCCUUC